CAGAUAAUUGGUCAGAUUCGGGUGGAACAAGGUGGAGUAGCCAGCAUUACAGGUGACACAUUUUCCUUGUCUGACUCGGACACUUCAAAAGAUGACCUCCACUUGAUAGUGACAGAACCUACUAGCAUUGGGAAACUGCUUAAAGCUGUCCAAGGGAAUGAUGGGAUAUUAAAUGCUGGGGGUACAUUUUCAUUGGCUGACCUAGAAACAGGAAAGAUUCGCUUUAUUCAGAAUGUAGGGAAUGAAAGGAAAGGAAAGAUCAAGUUGAGAGUAACUGAUGGUCAACUAUACAGUGAAGAAAGAGCUUUACAUAUUCUGGUUAUUCCAAAAAACCCACCAUAUUUACGGAAACAUGAGUCAUUGUUAGCAUUUCUGGAGAAUACAACCGCCAUAGGACCACAACAAGUUGAUAUCCGGGUAGACAGCUUACAAAAUUCAGUGUCCAUUACAGUGUUACAAGGACCCAGUCAUGGACAAAUUGUGAACAGAGAGCAUGAUGUACCUGUAUCAGAAGUUACUUUGAAGGAUUGGACCAAUGAAAAAUUAGCUUUCAAAAUUGGGAAGUCCAAAGCAACCUCUGACAGAGUUCUGUUCCAGGUUUUUGAUGGCUACCACUCCCUCAACUUCCUGCUGGAUAUUACUAUAAGAAAACAGGAAGAUGUGCUACCAUUAAUCGUACAGAACAACAUGGGUCAUGUGAUAAAAGGUCAAAUGCUGCAGUUAACAUCGGAGUUAUUAAGUGCAAAGGUUAUGGAUACCGAUAAUGCACCAUCUGAUGACAUUAUAUUUACAUUAUCUCCUCCGGUCAACAACCCUAAAGAAGGAGAGUUGAAGAUGGUUGUACAGCAGCCCGAGGAUGGUCCAGGGAGGGGAUGGGAGGAUGUGGGAGACGGUAAAAUGUCCGCCAAGAUGUUCCGCUUCUUACAGAGGGACAUUAAUGAGGGGAGGAUCUGGUACAAGCACAUGGGAGCCUCAAAAGAUGCAGAUUUCUUCACAUUCGAGGUGUCAGACACAGCCAAACACCCCAACAUCCUGAGAGAUCAGGUGUUUCACAUCCUGGUUACUGAGGAGGAAGUAACUACAGCUGUACCAACAGUGGCACCAGGAACUAAACUAGGAAUCUCAGUAAGGAAAAACCAGGUGACACCCAUUAGCAGUACAAACUUAGCAUACCAGGAUAGGGACACAGAGGACAAAGAUAUCAUCUAUAACAUUGUCAGACCUCUGGCCCAGGGGGAGGGGUCAGUGGAGUACAUAUCACACCCAUUCACCCCCAUCACUAGGUUCUCCCAGGAGGAUAUCAACAAUAAUAGGGUCCUCUAUAGACCACCAGACAAAGAAUUAGGGGUCGAAGAGAGGGAAUUCUUUUUCAUCUUUACAGUGUCUGAUGGUACAGCAAACUACACAAAGGAGGAGCGCUUCACCAUCCGAGUUAUUCCAGUCAACAAUGAACCCCCCAGGUUUGCUUAUCAGAAUGCUCCGCUACAGGUGCCUCAUGGAGGGAGUGUUCCACUGGGAUUGCCAGUCCUGGGGAUCCUAGAUCCUGAUACUUCUAAGGAGGAUUUAAGGUUUACUCUGACUGUAAUGCCAAACCAUGGACAGAUGGAGAAAAUUUUAAACAACAGUAAAGUCUUUCUAAGACAAGGUGACACAUUUUCAUACCAUGAGAUCCAGACAAACUCAUUCCAGUAUACUCAGGACAAGUCUGACCCAGCCAUGUCUGACAGACUCGAGAUACAGGUCAGUGAUGGUGUUCACCAGGUGACCACUCACAUCAACGUAUCCGUCGUCAGGGUAGACAACUCAGCUCCUGUUCUGAUACCUACUGCUACCUGUAGGGUACUGGUCAAAGAGGGAGAGAUGGUUGUCCUACAGAGGACAAAUCUUGGCUUUAUGGAUGAGGAGGACAGGGAUGACAGAUUGAGGAUAAUCCUCAAUUCCUACAUUGCUCAUGGCUCCUUCAAAUAUAAGGCUGCCAGGCUGUUACAGAAAGGGUCCUCAUUCACACAACAGGAUAUCAAUGAUGGCUUUAUCAGCUAUACUGCAGACAAAGAGAUAGGAAUUCAGCCAAUCACAGAAGUCCUUGUAUUAAAUGUGACAGAUAGCAGACAGAAUUUGUUACCCAGUCAAGUGUUGUCUAUUGUAGUAGAACCAGUGGAUAACCAACCUCCUUCUGUUAUUGUUGGGGAGGAUAUCAAAGUUCAGGAAGGGGAAAUUGUGCCUCUGUCCCUGAAGAACAUUAAGGUCACUGAUAUGGACAGUUCUGUAGGCCAUCUUUCUGUCCUCAUUAGAAGAGGACCUAGCUUUGGGCAAAUAGUGUCCACAAAGACAGAAGUUUCCUCGGAAAUUGAAAAGGGACCUGCCACUGUGGCUUCUUUCUCCAUCCAGGACCUUGUUGAGGAGCACAUUUACUAUGAACAAAGUGACCACAGGAACAAGGAAGCUGUUUGGGAUGGCUUCCUGUUUACUGUAACCGAUGGAAACAAUACCACACCAGUUUACAGACUCAAUAUUUCGAUCAUGUUGAUUAAUGAUGAACAACCAUCCUUGAUCACUGAGCAGCUCUUUGUCAAGGAAGAUAACUAUGUAAUAUUGAGCAAUGCUUCCCUAUACAUCACAGAUUUAGAUACUCCUCCCAGAGAUCUCGUUAUCACUGUCACCUCAGCACCAACGCAAGGAACAUUUGGAUUGAAAACAAAUGCAGGACAUCCAUAUCCAGUAAUAAAAGAGCUCUCAAAAGGAUACAGAUUUACAUAUCAGAAUGUCCUGGAUGAUCUUAUGGUGUAUAGACACACAGGAGGUAACAUAAAGAGUGACUCCCUAGGCCUCUCCGUGUCUGAUGGUGACUUCCAGGUCGAGGGAACCCUCCCUAUAGUGAUAGGAAUAGUCAAUGAUGAGACGCCUCGGGUGUCAGUUAACAGAGGACUCCGGGUCAAUACAGGAUCAAUGACCUUUAUAAAAUCUAAGGACCUUCAGUCGACAGACAUUGAUUCUGAGGACUCCAUGUUACUGUACACCAUCACCCAGGACACUCCAGCAGGCCAUCUACAGUAUGUAAAGGGAGGUAACUCAGCACUGAUCUCCUCCAAAGGAAAAAUCCGUACAUUCUUACAGUCGGACAUCAAUAGUGGCUAUAUACAGUUUGUCCAUCAAGCAGGGGAGAUGACUGGGGUUGUAUUAUUCAAAUUUGAUGUAGAAGACAGUGAAGGCAACAAACUGAUUGAUCAAGAUUUCUUCAUAACUAUCAUAGAGGACAGACAUCCUCCCCAAGCUAUUGCCAACAGAGAGUUGAUAGUGAAGGAGGGCUCCAGUGCUAGACUAACCUCUCAUUUCCUCUCAUACACUGAUGUGGACUCGGAGCCAGCCUCCCUUCAGUACUUCCUGGUCUCUGCACCCAAACUGGGUCAUCUGGAACUCACAGGAAAUCCAGGAAUACCUGUGUCAGAGUUUACCCAGUCAGACCUGGCAGCUAACAGUGUAGUGUAUUACCACACCAGCUCAACAGAAGAUUACAUGGAUGCCUUUACAUACACUGUCACAGAUGGCACUAAUGAGGUGACCCAUAAAUUCACAAUAACUGUGGUGCCAGUGGAUGAUGAGAUCCCCCUGGUUAUAAAUAAUGGAUUAACAGUUCAGGAGGGGGUGAGGAAAGUUAUCACUGAGUUUGAGCUGAAGGCAGUGGAUCAAGAUACUGAGGAGAAACAUUUACAAUUCUCUGUUGUAAAUCCUCCACACCAUGGCAUCCUCCAGGCAUCGGACGGUACUGUGUAUCAUACUAUCUCCUCCUUUACUAUGGCUGACAUCUACGACAACAGAGUGAGUUAUCUACACGAUGGCAGUGAGACUCAGGCAGACAGCUUCUCCUUCACUGUCACUGACGGCACCACCAAAAUGUUCUCCAUGCAGAGGGAUGGACGACGAGGAGACAUCAGCGUUCCCUCCCCAAACCCACAGGAUUUUAACAUAGAGGUCCUACCUCUAGAUGAUGGUAUGCCAGUCCUUCACACAAAUCUAGGUUUACAGUUCUUGGAAAAUUCUAAUGGACAAAUUUCAAACUUCAUAACAAACAAGGAGUUGUUGGCAACAGAUGUGGACACUCCCCCAAACAGAGUUAUGUACCAUGUGACACAUCAUCCUCGUUAUGGUCAGCUGGAAAGGACUGACACUCCUGGCAGACCAGUAUCUAUCUUCUCACAAGUGGAUUUAAACAACCAGAAGAUCCGUUAUGUGUUGACGGGGGACAUCUCGGUGGCUCAGGAUUACUUUAUCUUUGACCUGAUGGACAGUAAGCCUAAUACAGUGGCCGGUAACAAGUUCUACAUCACCUGGUCAUUUGUAGAGCUUGACCACUUCCUUGUAAAUGUUACAGAAACCGCCGGCAUCGUCCAAGUCCCAGUCAACAGGAAAGGCAAUCUGAAACAGUACUGUGUGGUGUCAUGUAGAACUAUUCCUAUAACAGCCACCUCUCAGACUGUGUCGUCCAGGCCUGGGACUCAGGACUUUGUAGAAAAAACAGGACAGAUCCAGUUUGAAGAGAUGCAGGAUUCUAAGAUGUGUAAUAUCAUUAUCAAUGAUGACUCACUAUAUGAGGGAACAGAGAAGUUUUAUGUUGAGGUCUAUCAACCUAUCUACACUCUCUUAGGCAGGAAAAACAGAGCCACAGUGUCUAUAAUGGACCCUGAAGAUGAACCCUUGCUUCAGUUCAAUCAAUCUGUAUACCACGUCAGUGAAAAUGAUGGAUAUCUACAGGCAACCAUCACAAGAUCAGGUGAUGUGAGUGACAGUGUAUCUGUAGUGUGUUACACUGUCCCUCUGACCUCCCGAGGAAGUGGUCCAGACAGAUUGGAAUCGGGCUCGGAUUACAUCACCAGGACACACUCCAACAGGAACAGAGUUAUCUUUCCUGCUGGAAUCAUCAGUGCUUCAUGCAGUGUCAGGGUGAUAGAUGACAGUAUCUUUGAAAGCUCUGAAGAGCUUGAACUAAGACUUGCGGAUCCCUCUUACAAUGCCAGGAUAGGACUUCUGUCUUCAGCUACAGUCAUUAUUGAUGGACCUAAUGAUGAGUCCAGCAUACAUUGGUCCUUGCCUUAUUACCAUUUUGAUGAAGAUGCUGGAGAUGUGGAGGUGGAGCUGCUCCGGUCAGGGUCUGACCUCUCCCAUACUUCUGUGGUCUGGUGUGCCACCAGACUCUCAGAACCACCCUCAGCCACCCCCGGUGAGGAUUACAUACCGAGCUCCACCCAGAUCACCUUUGCUCCAGGCCAAUCCUCUCAGAAAUGUCAUCUGACUCUUUUGGAUGACAGUGUGGAGCCAAGGCUAGAAGGCAAUGAGACGUUUGUUGUCUGGCUGAGUACUCCAGUAGGAAGUUCCCUGGGAAUUCCCCACACAGCUGUUGUUACUAUUUAUGAUGGUCAUUUAGACAUUCCAACUAUGGAAUUUACAUACACUGAGAUGAUCGUAAAAGAGAAUGAUAGAGUGGUACACAUCCCCAUCAGAAGAUUAGGAGAUACCAGCCAGAAUUCCUCAGUUAUCUGCUACACACGACAAAACACUGCAGUAGUCAUGAUGGAUUACAGUGAAAGACCACUCACUGAAGCCUCAAGAAUAACAUUUCUACCUGGAGAACAGGUGAAAAACUGUUCUGUUGGGAUUGUUGAUGAUAGUGACAAUGAACCAGUGGAAUUCUUUUUUGUCUGGUUAACUCAACCUAAAGGCACCAAGGAUACCAAAGCAGCUGUAGGAAACCAGGUCAAGGUCAAAAUAACAAUCAUCAACCCAGAAGAUGCUCCAACACUUCAGUUUGAACAAGAAGAAUACACAAUUCAUGAGCCAAGCAUUGGUGAUCAUUCGGGUAUAGUGAGUCUGAGAAUUAUCAGAAAUGGGGAUGUAAGUGGUACCUCCACCGUCCGCUGUAGUACAAGAGAUGGCUCAGCUGUGUCAGGAAAAGACUACAAUGCUAAAAGUCAGAUUAUAACAUUCUCACCAGGGGAGAGGUACAUAGAUUUUCCAGUGGAGAUCCUCCAUAACAACAAUAUUGAGUGGCAUGAGUCAUUUCGGGUCAUACUUGGUCCAGAGGACCCAACAGGAGCGGGCCUGGGAGACAGGGCUUUGGCCAAAGUCACUAUACUGGACGAUGAAGUAUCAGGCAGUCUUAUCUUUCCUGCUCCACCCAUUGUGGUAUCUCUGUUACACUUAGAUAAUAUACAAAAGGACUAUAAAGAGGACCCCUCCCCUGGUUACCCCCUUGUCUGUGUGUCUCCUUGUGAGAUACAGUAUCCAUCAUACAGUAUUACUCACUCUUUGUGUGAACAGUCAGGAAUCAACCAAUCAGCUGUCUCCUAUCGUUGGGAGGUUGCCAUGCCAACCACUUACCAAGGCACAAGACCUCCCUUUGUCAUGGUGACAGACAACACUCCCUUUACAAGUGUUGACUCCAAGGUUCUUGACAGUAUUUACUUCCGUCCAUCAUUUCGUGUUCGUUGUACCAUUCAGCCUCUUCAUUCUAAUGGUAAUCCCGGUAUACCAUCAAAGAGUCAUGAAGUCAGGAUUAACCAUAACAAUGGUAUUUGUAAUUCCCCUGUUUUCAGGGGAACACCCAAUAGUUACAGUGCACAAUCAUUUCUUGCCAAUUUAAAAUAUGUGGGACCAGGUGAUAGAAAGCACCCCAACACUGUCCAUAUUUCCAUCAGAGUUCCACAUCAGGAUGGCCAUCUUCCACUUAUCUCCACUUACCCUAUCCACAAUCUACGCUAUCUGCUGGCGGAGCCUGUGUACAGACAACAGCAUUUGUGUUCUAACUUUAUAAGUCCCAAUGAGCUCUCAGGGAUUGUUAACUCUGGCUUUCUGAACAGUGCACACACAGAGCCAUCCCUAUACAAAUUUCCUCACCAGUUUGAUCCAGUUUUUCGAGAGAACAAGACUUUAGAUCUGUAUCGCCAUUUAAACUUGAAGUCCUGCAUGUGGAAAUUUGAUGCAUGGUAUCACAUGACUGAUUUAGUGGAUGUUUGUGGUGGAAAAGUAACUUCUGAUUUUCAGGUCAAGGAUGCUGGAAAGACUUAUCUCACAGUGACGGUGCCCCUGUAUGUUUACUAUGUGUAUGCCACAGCCCCUAUAGGGUGGGGUUCCCUUCAGCAUCACACCCAGAUGGAAUUCUCUUUUUACUAUGACACCAUUCUGUGGCACACAGGACUUGAAACCAAGGGCACUGUAUCAGGAGAUCUGCAGGUCCUCAAAAUUUUGGUUGGCAGGGAUGGGAAACUUAUUGUUGAUUUUAAAACCCAUGCCAGGUUCAGAGGUUUAUAUGUAAUACAACACCACACCUUGCCUAAUGUGGAGAGUAGAGUUAUUUCCCCUGAAGGGAUGUCCCUCCACAUGGAUCUGACACUUGUGUGGGGGCAGCAAACCUUUGACAGCCCACAGCAGCUGUGGAGAACCUCCAGUGACUUCAGCAUCAAGGAUUACACAGGUACAUAUGUAUUGGAACUUGUUCCCUGCACUGUCCAUCCAACCCAGAAAUACAUCUCUAACCAGUCCCCUAUACCCUGCACUGCCCAACCCCAUCAAAGAUUUGAGGUGCCUAUAGCCUUCCAGCAAUCAAACCACCCUGUCCCUCUUGUAUAUUCACUGGACACAUCCUUUCAACUAACAAGCAAUAAAAAGGUGUUCUUAAUGGACAUUCAUGAUGAACAACUGAAAGAGGAAAUGAAAUAUGAUGGCGUGUUUGAUCAUGGGCAGACAGUUUAUGGGCGAGUAUCAUGGAACCCAGAACAAGAUCUAAAGUCAGCCUACAGACUGUCUAUUCAGAAAGUCUACCUCUGUGCAGGGAAGAAUGGUUUUGUUCCAAACUAUGAUCCUGAAGGGAAUAUAUUUGGGGAAGGAAAACAAUAUGGAUGUAUUCAACCAAGUCCUGACCUCCAGUAUAGGUUUCUUCUCCUGGACAGAGGAAAUACAGAUGUGACCCAGAAGAAAUUUCAAGGGGUUCCAUUUAAUGCAAAGUUUGCCAGUAACAGUGUAAAGCUCCAUUCACUAGAAGCCUUUCCAGGGGUGGAUGGAUUUUCAUUUAGUGUAGAUCCUUUGUACAAGGUAACCUCAGGAAAUCAGUGGUAUCUACAGGUGAUCUACCUCAUUACGACGUCCAGCAGUGACAGUGGUUUUCAUCAGGUCAAACGCUCAGCAGGUCUAUAUAGACAAAAAAGAGACACAAGUUCAUUAGAAGAUCUAUUAGAAUCCAUAGAGAAAAAUGGAAGAAAAAAUGGCACAAAUAUUUGUCAUCUACCUCUUAUGAACGCUCAAACUGACCAAAUAGGGGGCAUCCCAUUAAACAGUUCCCCUGACCAAUCAGAGAAGACUCCAACUGAAAGUUCACCAAUGGCAGUGCCCAUUGUUAUCCCAGUGUUAAGUGUGUUAUUGUGUGUUAUUAUAAUUGUGAUAUUUAUUGUGUAUCGUAGGAAGAAAAGGAGAAAACAUGAUAAAUCUAGUCAAGAAAAACCAAGUACACUUGAUAGAGCAGCUCAAAAUCCCAUAUGCCAAAGACAGAUACAGAGAAACUCGCUCUCCUUCUCCAGAAUUAAUGUCAAUGUUAAGGAACUGAAAGACAGCAUUGUGACACAGGGGGAGGGUGAUAGAACAGCCAGUGUGGAUCUCACCACCUCCAGUGAUAAUGCUCAGACCAGCAGGAAAAAAUACACAGGAACUGAAGUUUAA